CUCUUGCGGCGCGGAUCGUCAGCUCUUCUACUGGGAUGUUCCCACCGGACGCGUGAUUCGUAAAUUCCGUGGCCACGACAGUGAGUGGUGUAGGUGAAUACCGUGAAGUUUAGUGAGAACUCGACGGUGAUUGUCUCUGGAGGAUAUGAUCGAUCGGUGCGAGCGUUUGAUUGUCGAUCUCACAGCAUAGAACCGAUCCAGGUGAUUGAGGCAUUUUCAGACAGUGUGACUUCCCUGUGUAUGACAAGGACGGAAAUUAUCGCUGGAAGUGUGGAUGGAUCCAUUCGAACUUUUGAUAUCCGUGCUGGAAGAGUGUAUAGAGAUGAUCUUGGUCAUCCAAUAAAUAGCGUCACCCUCUCGCACGAUGGAAAAUGCACCUUGGCUGGAUGUUUGGAUUCAACACUUCGUCUGAUUGACAGAGAAACUGGUGAUUUGCUUCAAGAGUACAAAGGACACAUCAACAAGUCCUACAAAACUGAUAGUUGCUUGACAAACACCGACGCUCAUGUUGUUGGUAGCUCCGAGGACGGUCGCAUUUACUACUGGGAUCUCGUGGAUUCAUCCGUAGUGUCGAGUUUCAAAGCGCACGCUUCAGCAGUAACGAGCAUUGCGUAUCACAAAACCGAGCCAAUGCUCGUCACGUCCUCCAUCGAUGGGACUGUUCGUGUGUGGACGCCAUAGCGAGCGCUCCAGUCGUGAAAAACUGGAUUUUUACAGGACAUUUUUUCUCAAAUGUAAACUUUUUGUUUUACUACACGUCCCUUGUUCGAAUCCUGGGGUUUCUGGCAUGGGGUUUAGGGUUUAGGGCUUUAGAUGUUGAGGCGCGCAUUGUGGAGCGCCUGGCGAUGGCGCUCCGGCGGGCCGGCGUUUCCUCGCGAUGCGGCAACGCGAUCGAUCGAUUCACAUCGGAAUCCGCUCACGAGGAGCUUCGAAAUAUUUCAAGUCCGGGGCUUCGGCGUCGCCAAUGUGUGGAUCGAUCGGGAGACGGCCGCUGCUCGAGCUGCGCAGCGGACGCUAAGGCCGAGAAGGCACAAGGUCAAGCCUGCCGAGGGCGAGGAGAAGCCAGCAGCACGACCGGCGCCACGGAAGAGCAUCGGGCUUUCGAGGGAGUCUCGGCGAUUGUUAAGGAAAGGUGAGCGCAUGAGAACUUGGAAGGAUGGAACUCCCCGUCCGCCUGGGCCGGAGGGAUCGCUGCGAAUGCUGGAUUCUGGCAAGCUUCUCGGGAGAGACAGGAAAACCAUGGUACAAAAGUAUGGCACGCCCAAGAGAAUUCCACGAAAGAUCAGGCUGGAAAAGCUGGAGGAACGUCGUCAAAGGAAGGAGUUGAAGAUGAAGCUAGCUCUAAAUCCCGAGCUCAAGGAAGAGCUGUUAAAGAAGAGUCUUCCGACCGACUCGGGUGCUGUCCGAAGGCUUCGCGAAAAGUCAGAGAGUUUUUCAAGGAUGAACAAGAUGGAGAAGAGAAGGGACGUCGAGGAGAAAGAGGCCGCCGUGUACUUCUCUCAGCCUUUAAAGUGCGAUCAAAAGAAGGUGGCGACGGUUUAUGGGGAUAUAGACGUGACUGCUGCAGCGAAGUAUAAGGAGUGGAAGGCUCAGAAGAAGGAACAAAUUGCUUCGAAGACUUUGCAAAUCGAAGCUGGCGAUGGCUCUAGACCGGCUGGUGGUGAUGAUGCUCUUGCGAGGUUGCGUAAGAAGGCUCUUAAAGUUAAACGCGAGGCAGAGAACCAAAAACUUUUGCCCGCCAGAAACAAGGAAGACCUUGUGGAAGAUGAUGGCAAUGCCCAGGAAAUUCGAGAGAAGGCCAAGAAGAUGAUCGAGGAAGGAAAGGAGCUGUUGAAGCUAGUGGAUGAAGAGUACCACGAGUCGAGCAUCGUGUUGGAGGAGGAAGAGGUUGAAGGAGCAAAGAGAAAAUUGACUCGCGGGCUUAUUUUGGAGAACGAGGCGAAUAGAAAAAGAAGUGAUCGACAUACAGCGACAGCCGGCACAAGCGGAAGUAAAUCAGAGUCGUCCGAGAACCCAAAGGCCGAGACCGAAACCGAGAAAUACUUGCGCAAGAGCAGCCAAUUAAGUGAGGAAAGCAAGGCCAAUAUUUUGGACAUUGGCAAGCCUGCAGCUUCCGCAGAGAUCAAAGUCGAUCUGAUGAGCGACGAGGAAACUUUCAGUGAUGAAGAGAAGAAGGAAAAGCUGACGUGGGGCUUGGAUUCGACCAGGCCAAUGGAUGGCACCGACGAAGGUCGUAAACUGUCGAGAGUUUUGGGUACCAACAUGUUGCUAGGCUUUCCGAGACUUACGAAGGCAAAGAAAACUCGGCCAGCACGUACUACAACUCGUCCAGACGAGGAAGAUAUAGUCCUAAGUCCACAGGUGGAUGAAACUCAUAGUAAUAUUAUCACUCCAACGCUUUAUCAACCCGAAGAAAGGGGCCUGUCCCUGGAAAGGCAAAUCAUAGAGAAAACUCUGGAGGAGUACCACAUGAUACUUCAGUCUGAGCGGGCUACUCCCCGGAAAAAGCCAUGGAUCAGGAGAGUACUGAAGAUCGACAAGGACGACAUUACUGCUAAACGUUACGAAACCCCUGAGGAAAGGAAGGCGUCAGGUAAAGUAGAACCGAAAGAGCUCGGUACCAAUGCAAGAUUUCGAAUGAUACAACCGUCUCGGGAGCUCAUGCGCUACAUAGAUUCACAACUGCUGGGCAAGAGGAGACUCGACGAAUGGCGGAAAGCUGGCUACAAUGUUAAACUUUAUUCUCCACUCGACAAUGUGCCAUUCUACAAAGGCGAAAAGAAAUACAGAAUCCAUCAGAGUAUUUUUAGAAACAAGCAAGUAUUCGUGGCUGGAGCUAAAGUUUUAUCGUCAAUACCACCAGCCGAGCUGCCAGAAAUCGCAUUUGCAGGCAGAACAAAUUCUGGGAAAUCCAAGUUAAUAAAUGCAUUGACUAGACAAUAUGGAAGAGCUCGAACUUCGCCAAAGCCUGGGAAAACGGAUUCCAUCAAUUUUUACGUUCUUGGUGAGAAGUUAUGUCUGGUCGACAUGCCUGGCUACAGCUUCAUGUAUGGCAAACAGGACCAAAUCCAAGAUCUUCGUCAACUGAAUAUGGAUUACAUUACUGUCAGGGAUCAUCUGAAGAGAGUCUGCCUUCUGAUAGACGCGGAAUGGGGGAUAAGACAGAAGGACCAAGAGUUUAUUGAUUUUCUUGAAUCGGUCAAUCGGAAAUACCAAAUAGUACUGACUAAAACUGACAAAGUUUUGCCUCUGGAUCUCGGCCGAAGAGUCACACAGAUUGAGGAGGUUAUCAAGGACUGCAAGUACCACGUUUCACCAGUGGUACGUAUCCAUCUUAACGGGGGUUGGAUCACUGACUUACUCGCAUUGCAGAUGAUGGUGAGCGCCAAGUCUGGAGCUGGAAUAGGAAAAUUCCGCAUGGCUCUCGCCAGUCUACUCUAGGAGGUUAGCUAAGAACUUACCUCGUUUUGCCACUUCAAACAAACACGACUCUUUACAUCACUCACUCAGUCCUCGUCUCGCUUAUCAGUCUUGAGCUGCGCCGGCCUCCGUGGCCUCUUGAAGUUGAGCAAUCUCUUCUUCUGGUCCUUGAUGCUCUUGAUCUUCCCGGCACCCCUGGUACGUUCCUCAAACGUGACAGCGCUAAUCGUCACAGCUCCCUUACGCUUCUUCAUUGCUAUAGGCGGAGGCCCACAGUCGCUCUUCUUCCGGAAAGUCGGGAUGCACUCGAAGGGAUUGACGUUGUCGGCGGCCUUGCGGAGCUCCAUUCGCUCCCUGGAUUUGCCGCUCUCGUCGCCGCUCUUCCACGCAAACUGCUUGAUGUCGAGGCGGCUGAGCACCUGCUUAAACUCCUCGUGCUUGCGCUCGUGGACGGUAAGCCGGCCCUCUCGCCUCACAAAGCUUGCGGGCUUUGUGUGGAGGCUGGGCGCUGGAACCAGCCUUCGCGGGCCAGCGGGCUUGGCCUUCUUCUUGCUUCUCUGGGUCCGGUAGCGCUUGGUGGUUCUCACCGCGGCAAAGAAGCGCUGCUGGGAGUAACUCCAGCUCCACGGCGUGGGCGGGGACGAGGGCGAUCGUUGCGCAGCCGGGGUCACGUACCUCGGGGAAUGUGAAGAGUGGGCGAGAGCUUUGGCGGUGGAGAUUGAGCUUGCGAGGCGCCUCAGCGUGCUGCUGCUCCACAUUGUUGUGUCGUUAGGGUUUAGGGCUUAGUCUAUUCGGAUAUUCGUAGAAUAAAGCAAACUUACCAAAAACUAUGGUGAUAUAA